GUCAAUGAGAUCCCAGGGGAGCGAGAGACAGUCCGGGAGGUAGACUUUUGGGACGGUGUCAUUACUGCACACGGCGUCUCUCCACUUUAUCAACUUUAAAUGGAGAUCCCAAGGAGUUUGGACCACUUUUAUUCCGUACUUUUUGUAGUGUUUCUACUCUGUAAUCGCUGGUGAUUUUUGAUAAACAUUUCACUUUCCCUCGGUGUUCUCAAGAGGAUCGUAUCUAAUUUCUUACAGUGCAGCGGAGGCACUGAACUCAGGGGAAUGCCUGUGUGUGUUUUUUCUCUCUUUUUACAGCGAGUUGGUUUAAAUAAAGACCGACUGUAGAGAAUAAGUUGAUGGGUCCGUUAGAGAGGUCGCUUUGGAUUCGGACCCAGCAUGAUUACCAAGUUAUAAGUGAAGUAAGGCAACGGUCCAUUUGCUUUGGUUAAUAAUUAGACAGAGCGGUGUGCUGAAUUUAACAACUUCUACGAGGAUUAUUUUCCGCAACUCCUUGGUUGUAAAAAUAUUACCCAACUUUUUGGCACAGCACUAUCUGUCAACAUGCCUUAUAACUUUCCGGCGGCAACCUGUAACCCAGCCUUUGAAGUUCAGGCGGACGCUUUCCAAGUUUCUUGUGGAUUUAUCCAGAAAAUGUGGCGCCCACAGGACGUGUCUUCUGACGCUGUUUGUCAAUUUGUCGCAAAAUGUGAUUGUAAGCUACAGUGACUGGUGUACACUGUAUUAUUACUAAUAGUUUGGAUACGGAUGAAGAUUGAUACACUGUUGCCAGGACCUGCCCUUCUUCUGGGAGAGGAUACAGCAGCUCGACUUUAACGCAAACACGUUACAAAUGAGGACAUUUGUUGUGUAUCCUACGAAGAGCAGGCAAACCAAUGCACACUUCAAGCUCUAACACAACACAGCGUGUCUUCACGGUGCCUCCGAGCAUGCAGUGUUUCGCCACCCACAUUAAUGACACUGGAUAAAAGUUCAUUCAAGCUUAUUGUAUCUCGGAAGAUAUCAGUUUUCUGUAACGAAGCGCUUUGUUCCAUGUGGGCACCGAGAGCAUUUCUAUAACGUGUCGAAUAUUAACUGUGGUGCUGAAUGGAAGUUUUAGGACAAUCACGCAUGAGUUAUGAUGGCAGUCCUCCAGCUUUAAAAGUUUGGAUUCUAUCUGUUUAACAGUACUCGUCGAGGCGGAAAGAAGAAGUGGGACGUAUACAAAUAUCUCAAUAUUUUCUCCGUUUGUCUGUCCGCGGUGCUUGCCUGCUUUGAAGUCCACCAUGUGCGGCCGGGCACCGCCGCUACAGCCGAGGCCAUGACCGUCCCCCAGCGGCGCCUGGCCGGGCUCUGGCCGUGGCUGCUCAUGGCGGCCCUGCAGGUGGUGCUGGGCCAGCCGGGCCUGGAGUCCGAGCGACCGGCCCUCCGAGCGGUCAUCAAGGUGGCACUGCUGAAUCACGAGCCGACGGGGAAGCCCAUCACUCUGGAAGGGGUGUUCGUGGGAGGAAGUGCCGGCUACGCGGAGGGAAAACUAAUGCAGUAUCACCCUCUGUCUCUGUGCAACACAAGCGAGGAUGAACGACAAGAGAGUGACUUCAUCACCAUUGUCAAACUGGAGCACAGGGUUCCCCGCUGCCUGCCGCUGCUCGAUAAGGCUCGCAUGGCACUGGACAAAGGAGCUCAGGCGGUUAUCUUUGAUGUCAGUGAUGAUGCCAAUGCUGCUGCUGAGCUGCGGGAAACAGACUCCCUUCCCCGUCCAGUGGUGCUGGUGGAGGCGCAGGAUGCAGAGGAGCUGAUGGGUCUGGUCAACAAGAACGAGGAGGCCAAAGUUCGUAUUGAGAUCAUGGUGGAGCAGCCGAGAUGGCCACAUUAUGAUGUGGGUAUCCUGCUCACCAUUGUCCUCGCUAUUCUGACCAUCGUCCUCAUCUUCGCUUUCCGCUACAAGUGCAAGUCCAACAGGACCUGGGACUCUGUCCACCAGCAGACCAUGCGGGCCAUUAGUGGAUUGGAGAUCAAAACCUACAGCUCCCAGAGCUGCUCGGGGUCUCAGCGACACCGUCCGGCCUGGGGGUCCGCCAGCAGCUCCAACUCCAGCCCCGUCUGUGCUAUCUGCCUGGAGGACUUUCAGGACGGGCAGCAUUUGAGGAUCAUCUCCUGUGCUCAUGAGUUCCACAAAGACUGCGUGGACCCCUGGCUGCUGCAGCACCGCACCUGUCCCCUCUGCAUGCACAACAUCAUGGGUGAGGAGAAGCAUAUUUACAGGACGGAGCGGCAGCCCCACAGGAACAGACUCCAGCAGAGUCCAGAGCAGAGCCAGGGGUUCCUGCACCCUCAGCCUUACAGCAGCCCACGCAACCACCCCUUCCCCCAGCAUGCUAUCCCUUUCUCUAUGAGGCCCCACUACCCUCGUGGACCCUCUGGACCUUAUCCCUCUCUGGGCCACUACAAUGGCUCCUCUCCCAUGGACGCCCAAACUCUUCGUUUCCUCACCAGCAGGCCGCUGGCCCCCGGCUGUGGGUACCACCUUCCAGGAGAGGGUCCCGGGAGGCCUCACAGGAUCGGAGGUAACUGCAGGACGUCUACCCACCACUACACCCCCCGCCGGUCCUGCCACAACUAUCGCUCGUCCUGUCCGGCCCAGCGCAGCGCGUCCAGCUCCAGACUGCACCACACCGCCUCCGCCACGCCGCAGCCCCGCGGAGCGCCAGCACACAGCCGGCAGGACGACGGCAGCUGCUCCGGCGGCAGCUACCACACGGAGCGCAGCGGAUACCUGGCUGACGGGCCGGCCAGCGACUCCAGCUCGGGGCCGUGCCACGGCUCCUCCAGCGACUCAGUCCUCAACUGUACUGACGUGUCCCUGCAGGGGGUUUAUGGCAGCUGGUCCACCUUCCGUAGCUCUCUGAGCAGUGACUAUGAUCCGUUUGUGUAUUACGGGCCGGGUCCGGGGCGCGCCCCUCGCAGGAACAGCCUGGAGGCGGGCGCCCAGGCCCGGCCCAGGUCUCUGGAUUCUGUGGUGAACAAAGCGGGCUGCCCCGAAGAGCAGCCACAGACUGUGUUUAGCCACAUCCACUACCACCGCCACAGACACCACCACUAUGAGGAGGGGGAGCCCGGCCAGGGCCCCAGCAGAGGCUCGGACGAGGAGCAGGGUGCCGCUGCUGCAGCUGCACCUCCUGCCCCGCUCCUGGACAAAGACUCGCCUGUCUGCCCUCCUAAGCACAGCCCCUGCCAGUGUCCAAAGCCAGAGCCGACAGAUCGGCCAAGUCCGGGGACAGAGUGUCAGGACCAUGAGCCCAGCAGCCCUACAGGACCUCCUGUCCUGGUGUCCCCAAUCCCUUUACAGCUACAAGCCCACUGCUGCCACCAGGGACACGGACACCCCCCCGCUCCUCUGGGGCGAGUGGGUGGCCGUGUUCUCGAUGGCCCCUCUGUUCGCUUCCACCAGAGCCUAGAUCUGCAGGACGACCGUAGCAUCCACAUCCACUACGGUCAGGGCCCGGGCUUCUGCUGCUCUCCUCCUGAGCUGCACCCCGCCUUGGUCCCCAUGCCCCUCAUUUUGGAUUCUGGAGGUAUGGAGGACUGGCCUUGCUGUGCCGGGGCCCAUGUUGUGUGGCAAAAGCGGGUGCAGCAGGCCCGCUCAGAGCCUCAGCUCUUGGGGCCUGGGACCUCUAUGGACAGGCCACCCUGCAGGUCCCAACACGGCCCUGCUGCUGACCGCAACACAGACAUUUGUUUGUACUGCCAAACAUUACACCACAAUCAGGGUGGGUGUCUCACUUGUCUAUUUAUAGUCACAUAAUGAGGUAGUUAUCCAUUGUAGGCCAGAGUUUGGAGAAAAUAGCUGACAUAGAGGCUUAGCAGUGUACUGUAAAACUUAAUUUAGACAUCUAAAAAAACAAUAUCAGUUUAAGUUUAUGUUAUAUUUCGAUUAUUUUCUCCACUUUACCUUGUUGUCAGACAGUCAUGUUUUUGCGGAUGAACUGAAGCUUUCUUCAAAGCCACCAGACCGAAAAACAGUAAUUAACUUCACAGAACUCAGGAGUUGCUGAUCUACCGCUGCCUCAAUAGGUUAGCUUGUUUGUAAUAUUGUUUGAAUUUGGUGUUUUAAAAGGUUAGUUCUGAUCCACCAAAGUCACACAUUAACACAAACAAACGAACCGAUUGAGUCAGCUGUAGAGCAGCAUCUCCCGUGUUCUGCAAAGUAAAAUGACUGUUUUAGUCCAUAGCACAGAUAACGUCUUCAGUUCCUUUAAGCUUUAAGCUUCACUGCUCUCAAUUUUUUUUAGCCAAGUUUUUAAGCCAAACUUUGCAGCGUUGUUUUGACAAAGAUAGCAGUACCUAUAAAGUGAGCUCAAUACGGCCUCCAGAAAAAAACAAAAAUGGUGAACAUACUGACAGCCGAUAUCGAUACUUGGCGGCCAUGAAUCGAUAUUACAGUCAUAGAAAAAAAUAUUAGACAUUUCCCAUGGUUUUCUUGAUAAUAACCAAAAUCAUUAUCAAGAAAAACAUGGGAAAUGUCUAAAUAUCAGCUCUUAAAUUAAACUCUUAUGAGAUAUUUUUGUUGUUACCAUUAUAUUUGUCCAAACAAAUGUACCUUUAGUUGUACCAGGCAUUAAAAUGAACAAGUAAGGAGAAAACAAGGGUGGUCUAAUAAACGACUGUAUAUUGCCACGCAAAAUAUCGUAAUACUAUGCUGUACCGAUUUCUUCCCCCACCACUAAUGAGCAUAGCCAUUUAUUUGGUAAAUACAGUUUUUAUUUCCAAUAGUAGUGAUGAAGAAAAUACACACCUAAGUCCAGGAAAAAAAAGCUGGAAUGAUCCUUUUAGACCUGCAUGACUUUUUUCGUAUUAUUUGUUUUUUUAUAAAUUCUAUUUUUAAAGAUGACUUAAGCUGUUUUUGUGUCCACAGGAUCAGAAGAGGAGUCUGGUGUGUGAGAACUUGUUGCAUCCCCAUAAUCACGCUGCUACACAGGAGCCAGAAUGGACAAGCCUCUCAUUGGCUAUCGCUCUCAUGUCUUCCACAUAAUUCCACCAGCAAUGCCUUCAUUCAGUUCACAUGAUUCCCCAGCUCCUCCCAGGAUUCAAAGCUCACUAUUGAAAUUAUUGUGAUUAAAUCAUGCUAAAAACGCUUCAUACUGUUGUGCCUGAAACCAUAUUAGAUGAUUUAAAUGUUUGGGAGUUGCUGGGGAAACAACACAAAAGGGGGAAAAGUGUUUUUCUGUGUUUUUCCUCGUCAGUUAUAGGAAGAAUAUUCAUGAUAUCACAAGUUCCCAUGCUCCUUAGUGACAAGCAACGAAUGAUCCUUGCUUAGGGUGUUGAGCCCUCAUGAAGUGAGACUCCUUCUCUGCAUUGCUCACUCUAUUGCAGAAUCACUUGAUUUAUCUUAGAGGUACUUACUUUCACUUCUUCCUUCGCUGAGUCCAGUCUCAGCUGAGAGAAGCUCUUCUCUCCAGCCUACCUCAGCUCAGAUUUCUUAACAUGCCUCACACAGGGGGUCUUUAAAGGUACUGCUGUAGUGUUUUGUUUUGUUUUUUCUUUCUUUUUUUUUGUCACAACCAUGUAGCUCCCAUAAACUCAACAAAAAGUUAUCCUCUCGGCAGUCUGACCUGUCCCAAUAGAGAGAAAGGUUGAUGCUCAGCCCCUCAAACAACGAGCAUUCACUGAGGUUGCUGAGCCUUGCAUGGGCCUUGUUUUCAUUAUUUCAAUAAUGGCAGCUGUUUUCAACAUGUUUGUUCGUGUUUUGGAUCAUUUUCUGUUUCUUUCUUUCUUUUUUUUUGUAGUCUGUAAUUUUUUUUUUUACUUUUCAAACCGGUUUGACUGAAUUAUGUCGUCGUCAUUACAAGCUAUUGUCUUGUUCUUGUCAUUUCUCUUGCCAGUUACAUGUUUUUCGACCUCAGUGCUGUUAAAACCCCUGAUCAGUGCAGAGAGAACCGGCCUCAUCAACCAUAUCCUCUGCUCCUUUAAAUCACCACAAUGUUGUGUCAUAACCAAAUGACCAUAUAUAUAUAUAUAUAUAUACCCUCCUGUUGUCUUCCAGCAACUAAAGCUUGAGAAAAAAUGUUUUACAUUGCAGCCAUAGAGAAGAGAUAGUGACUAUUUAAUUCUAUAACUGGAGUAAAGCCAUGCUCGGUAGACCUUACAGUCCCAAGCAUCAGCUCAGUCUGUUGCCAUAGCACCAGUUUAAUGAAAAGCUCGAUGUGCUUUUCCCAUGAUUUCAAACUGUAAUGGGUAGAGCCUGAGAAAUGUCUCAGGAACAAAAAAAAAACACUGGAAAAAUGGGAAGAAUUCAUCUUAGUUACAGUCAUGAUACAGUCAUGGAAAAAUUAGACCAUUAUUUUGUUCAAUUUCUUGUUCAUUUUAAUGCCUGGUACAACUGAAAGUAUAUUUUUUUGACAAAUAUAAUGAUAAUAACAAAAAAUAGCCCAUAAAAGUUUAAUUUAAGAGCUGAUAUCUAGACAUUUUCCAUGGUUUUGUUGAUAAUAACCAAAGUCAUUAUCAAGAAAACCAUGGAAAAUGUCAGCUCUUAAAUUAAACUCUUAUGAGAUAUUUUUGUUGCUACCAUUAUAUUUGUCCAAACAAAUAUACUUUCAGUUGUACCAGGCAUUAAAUGAACAAGAAAGCAAGGGUGGUCUAAUAAUUUUUUCCAUGACUAUAUGUUCACUGCCAAUCCCUGCUUCUGCUUUGAAGGAGGAUCUACAGAAACCAGAGGGGCAAAAACUAAUUAUUCAUUAUCUAAGUCUGAUCUAAGUUGUUUUGUCGUGUGUGUUUAUGACUAAUUAACAGGUGAAAAAAGGUUUUGCCAGAAUAAUCUAAAAUGGGUGAAAACUAGAGCUCACAGUUUAAUGCCUCCGUCAACCAGCCAGUUUACAGUUUCCAUCCUGUCUGUCCAGACUCAUGUGGAGCUUUGACAUCAGAAAGUGCUCCAUAUGUGGAUGUUCCUGCAAAGUAGCUACAAAUUCUAAAACUGGAUGUUUCAAACUCGUCUUUAAUCUGGCAACAAGAUUAGUGUCACCAAUUCAGUAUUUGACCAAAUGUGAAACAUGGUCUGAAUCUCCCUCUGUUCCUGAGUUAUAGUGUUGAAUAAUGGCCAGGAGAACGUCAUGAUGUUUAAUUGACUUUGAUCUUUUAUCUAUAAACUGUCAGUACUUGAUUUUUAUUUGAUCCUAUAAGACACUUUUGUCAUAAUUAUUGUAUGAAUUCUUAAUUCCAAAAUCUAAUCAGUUCAUCCUCUGGUCCAAGUACAGGUGCAUCUCAAUAAACUAGAAUAUCAUAGAAAACUUUAAAUACAGUAAUUCAAUUCAAAAAGUGGAAAUAACACAUUAUAUAGAUCCAAUACACACGGAAUGAAACAUUCCAUGUCUUAAUUUCUUCUAAUUAUAAUGAUUAUGGCUUACAUUUAAUGAAGACAUAAAAUUCAGUGUCUCAAAAGAAAUGUAAUAUUACAAAAGAACAAUUUUAAAAAGUAUGUUUAUUAUGGAAAUGUUGGCCUCUGAAAAGUAUGUCCAUCCAUAUGACUAUAUACUUGGUUGGGGCUAUUUGACUUGAACUACUGGAAAUUGACUUUUACAUCAUAUUCUAAUGUAUUGAGAUGCACCUGUAGACAUUAGUGCCAAAUUUGAAGAAAUUCCUUGAAGGCUUUCCUGAGAUAUUGCAUUUACGAGAAUGAGACAGACAUGCGGUCAUAGUGUCCUUGACCUUUGACCUUUCCACCAAUCAGUUUAUCUUUGAGUCUAAAUAUAUGUUUGUGCCAAAUUAAAUUUGAAGUCCAUCCAGGCAUUUCCGAUAUCACCGCAGGCUAUCAGCCACAGGCUCCAUGAAAAAAUUAAUCCUGACCAAAAGGAGAGAAAUAAAGAUGCCAAAAAGAGGGCUUUUCUUAGGAACUUAGAGGAAUUUAGAAAAAACAAUUUAAAUCAGACUUAGACAACUGACUUAGAAAAUUGAUCACCAAAACAAUUUUAUUUCUCACUUGCCUCUCCAUAAAAUUCCACAUUAAAUCAGAAAUCAAAAACAGUAUUUUUAAGAUUUUUAUCAGUCAGAUGAAUCAUUUAAAAAUGUUUAAACAUCUCUAAAAAGUAAACACAUUAGAAUCAAGGUUUAAAUCUCUAUUUCUUACUAUUUCCUCUCCUCCUAGUUAGCCCCAGUGGCAGACUGACACACAGAAAAUCCCUUUAUAGCCCAGUAAAAAAAUAAAAAAAAUACUCCGAACACUUCAACACUUGUAGAUAAAAGUCAAAGAUGGCUUUUAUAAUCUGAGAUCAAAAGUGUAAUAAUUCCAUUAUAACAUGAACUUUCCCUUCAAGGCUCAGAAAAUGUGAAAAUGUUUUUCUCAGCAGUCGGACACAGACAGAGCACUUACUAAAGCCUCAUGUGCCUUAUUAAUUCAAACUGUUAAUGAUCCUAAAUCAGGAACCUCCCAACACACUAAGCUCUUACCUGUCGAACCAAAGAGGCCAAACCUUGAACACAGUGACCUUAUAGUGCAGAAUGUGUUGUGCCUUUUUUCUGCUUCAACCCUUUAAUUACAUCUCAGAACUAAAUAUGCUUUCCAUGACAAGAGACAACAUGCCAGAAUUAUUUUUUUUGACAAUCAUGCAAAAAUGUUGCAGUCUCUUGUACUAAUACCUCACUUUAAAGCUAAAGUAUCAGGGUUUCCUUGUCCGAUUUUUGUUCGUGCCCAAACAGUCUCCGAGACUGAGAAAUGACUGAAUUACAAGCAGCACUUUGGCUUGAGCAGAUUUUUUAUGACAGAAAAAAAAAACACCCAUAGUAUUCUUUUAAAACAAGCCCAAAACCAUCAGCACAUGAAAACUAGCAUUUAGUGAUGCCACAGAAUAUCUGAUGUGAUUUCAUCCUGUUCAAGAUCUUUCUCUUUGUGUUGUUUGUUUGUUUUGUUAUGUUUUUGCAAGAAUAAUGAGCUGAAACUGCCUUUUUUCUAUGAGUAAAAAAAAAUCCCUCCAGAACUUUAAGGGAUAUGUCAGUAUAUUUUGGAUACUUUGUGUACAAAAAGAGAACAAAAAAAACAGAAAUGAAAUAGUGUUGUAUUUUAUAUAUAAUAGAACAUUUCAAUAUAGUGACAUGUCACUAAUAUAUUUAUUUACUAAUAUAUUUAUCCAUUUUGUCCAGGUUUGAAAGAGUGGUUUCUGUAUAGACUGAAUGUUUCUAUAUGGAAACUGACCAGUGCCAUCACAGAUGUAUCAACCUGUCUUCAUUCCAAUUAUAUGCAAA